AUGCAGAACGAGGUGCCUUGGGUGGGGGUGGUCUGGUUUUCACAAGCAAUCCCGAGACAUUCUUUCGUUAUGUGGCUCAUAGUGAAUAGAAAGCUGAAGACUCAAGACGUUAUGCAAGCAUGGAGUGCUUCAGGAAAUGCUAAUUUUAAUCUUAUGUGUUGUUCUUUAUGUACAUCAGGUCCGGACUCUCAUGAGCAUUUGUUUUUUGAAUGUGGAUAUGCAUCGGAGAUCUGGAAUGAAGUGAAGGUUAAAGCUGAUAUGGGUGAAAUCUCAAACCAGUGGCAGGCUAUUUUUGAUUACUUGGUGGGUAUUGCAAACUCCAAGAAGGCUUCUCAUGUGAUCGCUAAACUUUUGGUGAGUGCGGCGGCAUAUUUUGUUUGGGAUGAAAGAAAUCGAAGACUAUUUACGACCAAACGAAGAAGUAAGGCGCAGUUGGUGGACGUGAUUUUCUCAACGGUUCGGCUAAAGCUCCAAACAAUGAGAUUCAGGCGCUCGGUGCAAACGGAACGGGUGUUACGAGAUUGGUCGCUCCCACGGGGGUUAAUAUUAGCAGAUGAUGAUAAUGGCUAG